AGGAUAUAUUUAAUGCACUUGAACUUAAACUUUGAAGUGAAAAACGGUUAAUAUUACGCAAAAACAUAAUUAUGGUAAUGGUAGAGAGGCAUUAGUGAGUUAAUGGAGCAUAGGGCAGCAAGGGGUAAGAAGUGGCGCUACUUUGUGUUGAGUAGGCGGUGCCGCGGCAACAUGGCGGCCAGCGUGACGGACUGACAGUGACAGUGGUGGGGACUGUUUGGCGGUUACCGUAUAGCCAAUGCUUAGAGGCUGUGUGUGUGAGAAUAUAAAGUGCUAACAGGUGUGCAGACCGUGCAGUGGAGUGUGGUGCAGGUGUGUGGUGUCCGUAGCGGUGUGUGAGUGCUGCCCCGCUCACCACUGCGUCAACACUCGCUAUUUCACUACAGCAGCACAGCCCAGCCCUUCACCACGCCUUUACUACAUGACACUGCAGCCACUCGUCCAGCCUGCACUGAGGAAUGAACCGCCAGGAUGGAUGAGAGGCUGGACUUGAUAUUGGAGGGCAAUGAUGACCAACCAAGUGACUCCAGCACUUUGCGGACGGUGGUAAUCCACCGGGGCGAGCGUGGUUAUGGAUUCACUGUAUCUGGUGAAAGUCCUGUCAUUGUGCAAGAUGUGAAGGAUGGAGGACCUGCAGCCCAGGCUGGUGUCAGGAAGGGUGACUCCAUCAUUGAGGUCAAUGGAGCAAUAGUGUCACAGAUCAAUCACAAGGAGGUGGUACAGAUCAUUAAGUCUGCCAACCAGUGUGUUAAGCUGACACUACAAAGCUAUCCUGAAGGGGAAGCUUUGACCCCACAGGACGCCAGCCAUCGCCACCUGGCCCAUACCACAAAUCCUUCCAGGUACAACGAUCGCAUCACUGCGCCACUGCCUGUCAAUACACAUUUACAGAAUCAGAUGGAAGCAAACAAAAGCAAGAUGUUGACCAAAUACCUAGAGAAGCAGCGUCGCGUCAGGGACAACAUCAUGCUGGAGUUGCAGCGAGGGCCUUCCAAGGUUUUGCAGAGAAACCUUGAGAAGGAGUUGGAUUCUAUAAAUCGUCAAAUAGCCAAAAUACAGGAGGAACUCAAGACAGUGAAAGACAGUGAAGCUCAAUUACACUCGCAAACCCGGUCCUCUCCCCGCUCUCCUCCCCUGUCCCGGCCAUCAUUUUCCCUCCCACACUCCCACCACCACCACCUCUACCAUCCAACUCACUCUCGCUCAGUGUCGGAUAUCCCCCCUCCUCUCCCGGCUCGCAACCGUCCCCUAGUCUCCCAGACCUCAGCCCCUAACAUCUCCACCUCCUCCACCUCCUCCUCUUCCUCCGUGUCCCUAGCCUCCGCUCCUCCCCUCCCACCCAGACUCACCCAGUUGGAGAGGGUCGGGGAGGGAGGCCUUGCACAAAGCCUAGAGAACAUUCCUAAGGUGCAGUGUCUCAGCCAUUCUGCAAGUUCUGUGUCUGAGCCUGGGAGUCGGCCUCCAUCUCACUACAGAGCACGGUCAAGUCCUGACCCUCUAGGCCUGCAGUCAAGUCAUGUGUUCCACGGUGGCAGUGACUCUGUCAAUGAUGUCAGUGUGACUGGGUCAUGUGGGAGCCGUGGAAAGGUCCCCUCAGCCACAUUUAGUGAUGACACAAUUUCCACUACCACAUCCAUCCAUGAACCCCCAGGCACCCCUCCUCCCCCAUAUGCCUCCAGCUCACAGCUGUGUCCCUCUGAUGAGGUGGAUGAGAAUAACAUCAGCAUUCCUGAUGACUGUGAUGGUGGGGGAGACUAUCCACCCACUGCUCCCCCCCUCCCUCCUCCCCCUGGCCCCUGUUUGCCAAGCAGACCCACCCUCCCGGGCCUGCCUCAUAAAUUGGGUUCGCAUCCUGCCAGCCCUUUCUCCUCUCAAGUUACCAGCCCAACCAGCCCUAAUGGACAGGUUGUGUCACCCCCAUGCACAAUGGUCCCGAGCCCCUCACAGCCCAUCCUGAGCAUGGAAGAUGAGGAGUUCUCAGACACAGAGACACUUGAGGACCACGGCCCAUUCCAGUCCCUUAGCAAGUUAUGGAACCAUAAUGCCUAUCUUGCAGUCUUCAUGAACUAUGUUAUAUCCAACUGUGACUCCUCUAGCCUGUUCUUCUAUGUCAUAACACACCUGUACAAAGAGGGAGUUGGUAAGGACAUGAAACGAUGGGCCUAUGAAAUCACCUCCAGUUUCCUUCUUCCUGGUGCUCCCCUUCGCCUUUGUAAUGUAGAAGAGAACAUUCUCCAUGAAAUAGACGAAACUUUACAAAAUGAACUUGACAAGGAAGAAAUACUUCGAAAGGUGUUCUGGAAGGCCCGCAUGAGGUGCCGAGAAGAUCUCAACGAACAGUUGGCGGACUUUCGCAACAAGCGCAGUGCUGGGUUGGGCUCUAUAUUUGGGCCAGCUGACCACCUUCUUGAAGAAAGCAAAUAUAACAAAGCCAAAGAAUUACAGAUUGUGGAGCAUCUUCUUGUGCCUUGUCUGGAGAGUGUGUCUGAUGAUUUAAAGAAUGCUACUGACCAAAUGCUGGUCACUGUCUCUAGUUUGGCCACCAUUCUGCUGAAGUAUUACAUGGUGCGCAGUCAGCUGGCCCAGCAACUCAUAGACCGGUGCCCUCUCUAUGUGAGCAAGGAGCGACCACUCAGAACCAAGAUCUUUAGAGGCAACAAGAAGCAAGUGUUUCGGGACCACCACUUCAAUCAGCACACAUACUACAGUGUGACCUAUUGCAACCACUGUGGCCUCCUUAUCUGGGGUAUUGCUCCCCAGGGCUACCAGUGUGCCAAUUGUGAGAUGAACAUUCACAAGUCAUGUGCCAAGCAGGUAGAGGAGGUGUGCAUAGGACAGCUGCACAAAAAAGACAGGAGUCGGGACACAAGAUUUAGUGCCAUCCUGGGGAAGAUUAUCUCUGAUGACAAAGAGACAAAACGCAAGGUCUCACAAAUCAACGCUGCACAAAACAGUACAUUCUAUGUCUCGGCUGUGAACUCUCCUGCGGGCACGCUAGUUGAGAAGGCGCGGAAGGGCUACGAGGAAGGGAACACCGAACAGUGCGGGCUGUCGUCUGAGACCGACAACUAUGCAGGUGAGUGUUGAUUUUGAUUUUAAGUAUUGCCUGUGUUUGUCACCUGGUGGGCGUGGCGAGGCAGCGGACUACUCUUAGGACUCGUGUUGGCGGCUUCAAGGGGCGGAGGGGAAGACAAGGGGGCGGGGUAGGGGAAGACGGGGUCGCACCGCUGUGAAAGUUCCGGCGGUGAUUCAUCGCAGGGUGAGAGCGAUGGACAGGUGUCCGCGACAAUUAGGUCUCGCCCUCCACCCUGCGCUUGGAAAAGUGAAAUAUGCAUCGUAUGAGCGUGACCCGAGUGUGCGGGACGCGACCCAACAUGGAGGUAAUUACCACUCCUCAAAGGUGAUGGCGGCGACUGUGGCCUCAGAGGAGGGAGCCUCUGUGGUGUGUGUGUGUGUGUGUGUGUGUGUGUGUGUGUGUGUGUGUGUGUGUGUGUGUGUGUGUGUGUGUGUGCGCGCGCGUGUCUCAGCCGUGAAGCAUAAUGGCGGCCGUCAAGGGGAGAUCGGGGGGAAGGCCUGCUGCUGUCCAGUCACUGACUCUGCCUCAGCGUCUCAAAUUGACCGGCGCCCUUUAUGGCUGAAAAUUAGCCACGCCUGGUAGCGGUGCCCUGCACUUUGUCAAAACGUGCCGGCAAACGGUUACGAGCCUCGCAUGACGAGGCGGCGCAGAACACUGGCGGGGUCGAGGGAACACCGGACGAGGGCACGGGUUCCUGAUUCCCAGAACAGGUUGUCAGUGCGGCCAACACCUGGAUGGUCGCCAUUAAGGGACCACUUCAGGAGUGCCCAGAGCAGAUAUGCGGCAGCGUCAGAAGUAUUCGUGUGUCAGCGUCUUCACUUGUCCUAUGGGAUGUCAUGUGGUGGGUGUCGCUGUGGUGGUUGUACCCGUUAAUGGUAGGCACUGACAGAAGUGACAGCGGGUCUUGGCAUGAUUCCCUUCACUGUUUCGCAACACGGUUCAUGUCAUAGAGUAAAGCAAUUCUUGUCACAUUACAAGACAGUGUGAGUCACAACAGCCCUUGAAAAAUUUACAUUUAAA